AUGUUCUACUCGCACCAGCUCCUGGCGAGGAAGGCUCCUCUCGGCCAGAUCUGGAUGGCGGCCACCAUGCGCGCCAAGAUGAACAGGAGGAAGCUCGAUAAGCUUGACAUCAUCAAAAUCUGUGAGGAGAUACUGAAUCCAUCGGUCCCGAUGGCCCUCCGCCUCUCCGGCAUUCUCAUGGGCGGCGUGGUGAUCGUCUACGAGAGGAAGGUCAAGCUCCUCUAUGACGACGUAACGCGAUUUCUGGUGGAGAUCAAUGCGGCGUGGAAGGUGAAAACGGUGUCCGAUCCAACCGUCCUUCCCCGCGCAAAAGCCCAGGCCAAGUUUGAAGCGGUGACGCUGCCCGAGUACGUGGACAUGGAACCGGAGCAGCCCAUGAUGUUCCCCGACGCGUCCAUCGCCACUGCCGCAUUCCAACGCAUGCGAUUGGACGAUUUGGAAGAACACUAUAUUAAUAUUGACCUCAGAGACGAUGACCUCGCCGGCAAUGAUCACCAAGCGGAGCCUGAAAAUAUCACGUUAUUCGAAACAUUUGGAUCGGGCGUUGCGGAGACUGAUCUUUACAAUCAUUUUGAGAGGUUUGACGUCGGAGAUGACGAGACGCACAUCAACUUCACUCCUCAAGAAGAACCGCAGUUUGAGGCUACCCUUAUACCCUCUCUGCCGCACGAAGAUGAAAUUAGAACCUUCACUCAUUUGCAUAGUGCAGUUGAGAACCAUCAGACGGAAGAAAAAGAGGAGCAGAGAGCUAACGAUGAGGACGUGCAGCGCCAGCAGCCGGUAAAAAGAAAGGCGCACAGAAAACCUAGCCAUCGGAUCAUGGACGAUAGGCAACUCAUGAUCCCGGGAAACAUCUAUCAGCUAUGGCUUCAGGACACUUCUGAUAUAGUGUCCAAAAGAGGAAGAACUGUUAUGCAAUGUUUGCGGUCUGUUAAUCCUAUUCGGUCUACUAAGAUAUCCAACCUCAUGGACUUGCCACCAGUAGCUCUGAUUUCUGGUUUGGAGAUGUUUCCAGCUAAAGUGAAGCUUCUGGAAGAAGUUCAGGGUGAGAUAGGGUCCAACAGUCUGGACGUCUCCAUCGAAAAGCUCAGAGCCAACCUCGAAAAUCUGGAUUUCCAGGGAUUUGACGAUGCAUUUAGCAUGGAUCAUUUUGUCACUCCAGGGAGUUCUGCAGGACAAAGUUCAAAAUCCAUGCCCAGUUCUGGUUCUGGACAUGCCUUUAUGCCGUUGGAACCUGAAAUACAAUUACCUUCUGUAAGGUCCAAAAGAAAGCAGCAUUCAUCAUCAAAGAGUUUCAGGAACCUUGAUCCAGUUGAAGAGGAGUUGCCGCUGCAGCAAGAUGUGAGGGGUUCCAAGAUCAGGAGACUAUCCGAGACAGGUCCAACCCCUGAUUUCGAACUGGAGGAAACAGGACCCACUCAAACCCCAGUUACUCCUCCAUCAAAUCCUGCUGUUGACAACACUACUCUGUUAAUCCGCACGCAUCUCAAGUUGCAUUUUGAUACGCCAGGAGCCCCACAGUCUGAAUCACUGAACCAGCUAGCUUUCGGAAUGUAUAAGAGAAAAGCUGCUCAACUCUUUUACCAAACGUGUGUUCUUGUCACUUGUGACUUCAUCAAGGUCCAACAGCAUGAGGCAUAUGGUGACAUAUCAAUCUCAAGAGGGCCCAAGAUGUAA